AUGAAAAACAGUGAACUGGAUAAGCUGGACGAACAGGUGGAUAAGCUGGAUGAACAAGUGAAGGAGUUCAAUGAUGCUAUUUUGCGUGGGGAUGAUGAUAGCGACUCAGACAUAGAAGGCCAUAAAUUGAUGGUUGGCUUAUUUAGCUCAUGGGCUAAGUCUCACAGAGCCAAAUGUGAAAUGUUGACGAACAAGAAUAAGAAGAAGAAGAGGAGGAGAAGGGAGGAACGACCCACGAUCCACCCGAGAAACAAAUACUCCGAGAACCCACCCGACUUCGCUCACUUGGCUUCUCUCUACCCCUCUUUCAAGCCCUUCGUCUUCUUUUCCCGAGAUGGUCGACCCAGAAUCGACUGGACCGACUUCAAUGCCACCCGGGAACUCACCCGGGUCCUUCUCCUCCACGACCACCGCCUCAAUUGGUGGAUUCCUGAUGGGCAGCUAUGCCCUACAGUGCCCAAUAGAUCGAAUUACAUUCAUUGGAUUGAAGAUCUUCUCUCGUCUGACAUCAUUGUGAAGCCUACAAGCAAUGGUGGUGAUAAAGUGAGGGGCUUUGAUAUCGGAACUGGAGCAAACUGCAUAUAUCCACUUCUUGGUGCAUCUCUUCUGGGGUGGAGUUUUGUUGGGUCAGAUGUGACUGAUGUAGCACUCGAGUGGGCAGAGAAAAAUGUUAGAGAUAAUCCACAUAUCUCGGAACUAAUUGAAAUUAGAAAGGUUGAAAAUGGCAAAGAGACCCUUCCACUGGAAGGAUCACACAAUGAGAUGUUGGUUAGUACUUCAAGCAAAAUAGAUUUGACUGAAAAUAUGGGAAGGGAGACAGCUCUUUCACCUUCCUCUUCAUCGAAUUCCUCCAAUCUUCAUCCUAAUGCAAAUAAGAGGUAUUGUGGGCCACCUAUUCUUCUCGGUGUGGUUAGGGAGGGUGAGGAGUUUGACUUCUGCAUGUGUAACCCUCCAUUUUUUGAGACCAUGGAGGAAGCAGGACUAAAUCCAAAAACUUCAUGUGGUGGGACCCCCAAUGGAGAUGAUUUGUCCUGGUGGUACACAUCAAUGGUUGGGAGGAAAUUCAACCUCAAAAUCCUAACAUCAAAGCUUUGGGAAGUUGGAGCUACCGUGGUAAAGACAACUGAAUUUGUUCAAGGCCAAACAUGUCGAUGGGGCCUGGCCUGGUCCUUUUUGCCCCCUGCCAAGAAGAUUGCAUCAUCUCAUGUGGCUGUGAAGAACAACCUCUCUUUCAUGCUUGAGGGCCUCGACCGAAAAUUCAGUGCCAUAAAUGUAUUGCAAUCAGUCCAAUCCUUUUUCUGCAGUAGUGGUGCAUUGUGUAACCUGAACACAUCCUCAUUUACAGUUGAUGUCACUACAACAAAAGAUCACUUAGAUGCAGUCUUGAAGAGUGAGUCACAACAUUGUGGUAGAGUUGCUAGUUGUGAAGAUGUGCAAGAGGCAACUAUAAGCUCAAGCUGUUUGAACUUGCCUCCCAAUAACCUAAGUUUCCGUGUUUCGGUUUUUCAGCAAAUCCCAGGCACACUUCUGGUGAAAGGCUCUCUACAGCAGAGAGAGAGUCAAGUUUCAGGAUCAUUCUCAUCGAUAUUCCAACGCUUGGAGGAAGAUCUGAAACAGAAAUUCUGUAGAAGGAAGUAG